AUGCCGCGGCGAGGCGCAUGCGUGAACACGCACUCAGGGAGAACCGCACAUGCGCAGGACGCCGCCGGAAGCCCGCGGAUCCCUGCUCGGACUCUAUUUCCCAAAAGUCUGUGCGCCGCCGGAUUUAGGGAACGAUGCAAAGGUCUCUGCCUCGUCCUGCAGUUAAGAGCCCCAACAGUAGAACCCAGCUGCCUGCCUCAGUCCUCCAGCCAGAAGAGGAAGACAGAAUGGUCAUCAGAUUCUGGGGAAGAGCUGGAGGAGGAUCUGCCUGGCUUUUUGGACUCAAACCCCAGGGUAGAACCUGGCCUCCAGAGUGGGUUCUCUGGCCAAAAGAGGAAGAGGGAGUGCUCAUCUGAUUCAGAGGAGGAACUGGAGGAUCUGGAUCCUGAGCCUAAGCACCCCUGGGAUGUGGAGACCCUGUGUGGGCUCGAGAUGACGUUAAAGAGACAGCGUGUACACCUGGUGCAACCAGAGCACCAUGAAGUCUUUGCCAGGCUGCUAGAGGAUCCUGUUGUCAAAAGAUUCCUGGCCUGGGACAAGAAGCUGAGGGUGUCUGACAAGUACCUCCUGUCUAUGGUCAUAGCUUAUUUUAGCCGGGCUGGCCUCUUCUCCUGGCAGUACCAACGAAUCCACUUCUUUCUGGCCCUCUACCUGGCCAAUGACAUGGAGGAGGACAACCAGGCUCCUAAACAAGACAUCUUUCGUUUCCUCUAUGGGAAGAGCUACGCCCAGCAUCCCUUGUUCCACAAGCUGCGCUACCAAUUCAUCCGUUCCAUGGGCUGGAACACUCGGGUUUCCAGGGAGGAGUGUGAGGAGAUUCAAACUUACAAUCCGGAACUCUGGGUGUGGGGCCGAGAUCGUACCCUCAAUCCCUAG